AUGGCCAACAUUCGCGAUCUCAAUCAACUCCCUCCCUACUGGGAAGUCGUCGCCAGCAUGGAAGAACCAAGCUUUGCUCACCCCUUUUUCGCUGGUCUCAACCACAACCACAUGCCCCAUGGCGAACACUUUGCCGGUGCUGGAGACUUCGAUCUGCCCCAUCGCGGCCGCCAUGGCCCUCACCACCGCCGCCACCGCCGCGGAGAGCCUGUGACUGAAGACGAAGAGCCUACCCAGACCGAGACCGCCGAAGAUGAUGAAUCCUCCUCUUCUUCUUCCGAUGAGGAAGACCGUGAUGAAUCCAAGAAAUGCAAGCGUCACGGUCGGCACGGCGGCUUCCACGCCAAGGGUGGAAAGGGCCGUCAUGGGCCCGGUCGCCAUGGGCGCGGUCCAUGGGGGAAAUUCGACCACCCCCCUCAUCCUGGAGCAUUUGGCGCUUGGGGAGCUGACUUUCAAGGACCUCACGGUGGAUUUGGACCACAUGGCGGAUUCGGCCAUGGACCGCAUGGUCGGUUCGGGCCUUACGGGGGUCGACACAUGCGCGGUGGCUUCAAACACGGUGGUCGGGGCGGACCGCACCGUGGCUUUGGCCCUUUUGGAUUCAAGGAGUUCGGCCACCAUCAUCACCACCGCAAGCACCACAAGCGCGGCGACUUUUUCCACCCCGAGGUGGAUGUGUUCGACACCACGGAGGCCUUUAUCGUGCAUGUUUCGCUGCCUGGAGCGAAGAAGGAAGCGGUGGAAGUGAAGUGGGAUCCGAAGAAGUUCGAGUUGAAUGUCAGCGGGACGAUUGAGCGUCCUGGCGAUGAGGAAUUGCUGAAGACGUUGGCAUUGGAUGAGCGUUGCGUGGGGACUUUUGACCGCCAGGUGCGACUGGGAAGUGUGUUCCAGCCCGUGGAAAUUCAUGUUGAGGGCAUCACGGCGGAGAUGGAGAACGGGGUGUUGAGCAUCAAGUUGCCGAAGGUGGAGACGGAUGUUGUGAUGGUGACCCGCGUGGAUGUACAGUGA